UUUUAUCGGCGCAUGUUUCAGCGAGUCAGAGAAGACUUGGUUUUAUGAGAAACUGCAAGUAAAUGGAUUUGGUAUCACAGGCUGCAGCCGAGCCAUGCUUGCAAACCGUAUCUCUUACUGGCUCGGCAUCAAUGGUCCCAGCUACACAGUAGACUCUGCUUGUUCCUCUAGUAUGUAUGCUCUGGAGCAUGCAUAUAAGUCCAUCCGGGAUGGACACUGUAAUGCUGCUAUUGUGGGAGGGUGUAACCUCUGUCUCCAUCCAUAUGUCUCUCUUCAGUUCUCACGUCUUGGAGUGCUGAGUCCACAAGGCAUGUGUAAAUCCUUUGAUAGGGAUGCCAAUGGUUACACUAGAAGUGAGGCCAUCUGUGUCAUCUUUCUUCAGAAGGCUUACAAUGCAAAACGUGUGUAUGCAACUCUAGUUCAUGCGAAGACUAACUGUGAUGGAUACAAAGAACAAGGCAUCACGUACCCCUCUGGACAGAUGCAGAAGGCAUUGUUAGAGGAAUUCUAUCAGGAGUGUGCCAUUAAUCCCACUGUUCUGGACUUUGUUGAGGCACAUGGGACUGGCACCAAGGUUGGGGAUCCAGAAGAAUUGAAUACUUUGGAUCAAGUAUUCUGCAAAGGGAGAAAGGCGCCACUUCUCAUAGGGUCAGUCAAAUCCAAUCUUGGGCACUCUGAACCAGCAUCUGGGAUGUGCUCUAUCAUGAAGGUUCUGAUUGCCAUGGAGACUGGUAUUAUCCCUCCCAACUUGCAUUACUACAACCCCAGAGAAGGAGUGGAAGCGCUUGUGGAAGGACGCAUCAAGGUAGUAACAGAGAAUUGUCCUAUGAAUGUUAGACUGGUGGGUGUCAAUUCUUUUGGGUUUGGAGGAGCAAAUGCCCACGUUCUGCUACAGCGGAAUCAGAAGAACAAAGUAAAUGGUGGUGCACCUACUGAUUCACUCCCACGACUUGUUGUUGCGUCUGGACGCACAGAAGAGGCAGUUGACGUCAUUCUCAAAGAUUUUGAGAGUCGGCCAGUAGAUGCAGAGUUUGUACACUUGAUGCAUGAUCUCCAGUCAACAGAAAUCCCUGGCCAUGUCUACCGCGGUUACACACUUCUCACACAGGAUGAUAGAAAGUUGAGAAGUAUUCAGUACUACCCAGGAAGCAAGCGGCCAGUCUGGUUUGUGUUCACGGGCAUGGGCUCACAGUGGCCAGGUAUGGGCAAAGCUCUUCUCAACAUCCCCAUUUUUGCAGCAGCCAUUGAAAGGUGUCAGCAGGCACUGAGACCUCAUGGUGUGGAUCUAUUAAACAUCAUUACAACUGAAGACCCUAGUAUCUUUGAUAACAUCCUGAAUUGCUUUGUAGGCAUAGCAGCCUGUCAGGUGGGUUUGGUGGAUGUUCUGAGGGCAGCUGGAAUCGAGGCAGAUGGCAUUGUGGGGCACUCAGUGGGGGAGUUGGGCUGUAGUUACAUGGAUGGCUGUUUUACGGCUGAGCAGAUGGUCCUGUCAGCAUACUUCCGUGGUCGUGCGUCUCUUGAGACAAAACUUAUCAAGGGCUUGAUGGCUGCAGUUGGUCUAGGAGCUCAAGAAGCUAAGAAGUUAUGUCCACCAGACAUAGAGGUUGCUUGCCACAAUGGACCAAACUUCUGUACACUGUCAGGACCAACAGAUUCCAUGAAGAAGUUUGUGAAAUCACUGCAGCAACGUGGAGUGUUUGCUAAGGAGGUGAACUGUGCGAACAUCGCAUAUCACAGCAAGUACAUAGCCUCUGCAGGUCCAGCACUGCUCAAAUACCUCAGGGAGGUGAUCCCACACCCAAAGCCUCGGUCUGACCGCUGGGUGAGCUCCUCAGUGCCAAAGAGUGCAUGGGACACCCCUCUGGCAACACACUCAUCAGCCGAGUAUCACACUAACAACCUGCUAAGUACAGUUCUGUUUGAGGAAGCUUCUCAGUUUAUCCCACCCAAUGCCAUCACCAUAGAGAUAGCUCCACAUGGUCUGCUGCAGGCCAUCCUGCACCGGUCCCUCAGCAAGGCCACCACAAACAUUGCCCUUACACAGAGAGGUCACUCUAACUGUAGUGAGCUGCUUCUCACUGCUCUUGGCAGAUUGUAUGAGCUGGGUUUGCAGCCACAGCUUGCAAAUUUAUAUCCACCAAUACAGUACCCAGUGAGCAGGGGGACACCAAUGAUCUCACCACUGGUACGGUGGGAGCAUUCCGAGGAUUGGUAUGUCACAUCGUAUAGGAUGCAGGAGAAAGUGAAGUCUGGUGAACGAUCUGUGAUGGUUACUUUAGAUGAUGAAGAGAUGGAUUUCUUGUCUGGGCAUGUGAUUGAUGGGAGAAACCUCUUCCCUGCCAUGGGCUACCUUACUCUUGUCUGGGAGUCGGUUGCACAAAUGGUUGGACAGUUACAUACAGAAGUACCUGUUGUGUUUAAGAAUGUGCAGUUUCUCAGAGCUACCAACAUACCCAAAGAAGGAAGCAUCGAGUUUGUUGUUAUGGUACAGAAGGGGAGUGGGAAGUUUGAGGUGGCUGAGGGUGGUGUGGCCAUUGUUAGUGGUUCAGUGCAGCUACCUCAGAACAUCUCUCGUGAAAUGGUGUCUCUAGAGCCUCCUGAGCCACUGCAUGAUGAUGACCUGCUUGAACUCACAUCACGAGACAUCUACAAGGAACUGCGUCUCCGUGGCUACAACUACCAGGGUCUCUUCCGUGGCCUUAUCUCAGCAGAUAAUCAUGGUAAAACAGGAAAAAUCCGCUGGAGCAAGAACUGGGUGGCGUUUAUGGACAAUAUGCUGCAGAUGCAUAUCCUUUCAGAAGACACGCGAGGCCUGUUUAUUCCAACCUCACUUGAGAAGCUCACAAUAGAUACAAAAAAUCAUAUUGCAGAAAUCCAGUCACUGACUGUCGAUAAUGAGGAAGUUGUGGUUCCAGUACGUGUGUAUAAGGAAGUGGACAUCAUUCAAUCUGGAGGUAUAGAAGUACGAGGACUUAGAGCAAGUGCCAUAGGCCGGCGCAAGCCUCUGGGAAUGCCUGUUCUUGAAAAAUAUGUGUUUGUGCCAAAUGUGGAACCAGCAGAACUGGACUUGCACAUAGCAUUGCGAGUGUGCAUGCACAUUGUUUUGGAGAAUCAGCUAGGCAUCCAUGUGAAGGCAGUAGAAGUUCCACAUCAUGAUUUUAUGCCUCUCUCACCCAUACUGGCUGUCAUUCUUGGAGAUCUUCCUCUCAUUCAGGCGGACAUAACAAUAUUGGCAAACAAAAGUGAUCUUUUGGUGGCAGACUUAGACAUGACUGGAAUCAAAGUGGAAGACAGGAAGCUGAUGGGAGAACAGAAUUGCUUGCUUGUUAUUGCCUCCAAUAUGUUGCUUCACGCUGAGGUACUACAGACUGCAGGCAGUGCACUGGCUGAUGGCGCCUGCAUCUUGUCCCGUGAAAAUCCCGACACAGACAGUGUGGGCAAUGACCACUUUGGGUUUGAGAUUGUAUUUCAGAAGACUCUUCGUGAUGAAAAGCUGGUCUUGCUCAGGAAGGGAACAGUAAUGGUCAAUCCAGUUGUAAUCCAUGUAAGUGCCCAAAACUACGAUUGGUUGUCACAGAUACAGGCAGUUAUUGGGGGAAACUCCAAACGUCGCAUCAUACUCGUUGCUCAGGGCGAACCACUCAAUGGCAUCCUUGGUCUUGUCAUGUGUAUCCGCAAGGAGCCAGGAGGCGAAUCCAUAAGAUGUGUUUUUAUUCUGGAUCCAUUGGCACCAGAAUUUGAUCCAGACUUGCCCCUGUACCACCACCAACUGAACAAAGAUCUGGUGGUUAAUGUAUACAGCGAUGGACAGUGGGGAUCAUACCGGCACCUCCCACUUGACAGUUGCAGCACUGUCACUGUACCUCACGCUUUUGUAAAUGUCACAACCCGAGGAGACCUCUCCAGCUUGAAGUGGUUAGAGGGAAAUCUGCAGCCAGAUAGUGUUUCACCAAGGCCAAAUGAAGAGUUGGUACAUAUUUACUAUGCUGCUCUCAACUUCCGUGAUGUGAUGGCAGCAAAUGGCAAACUGGCAGUAGAAGUUCUUACCAAGAAUCGUCUGAAGCAGGACUGUAUUCAGGGUUUGGAGUACUCUGGAUAUAAUGUGAAUGGUCAGCGUGUCAUGGGAAUGUGUGAAUUUGGAUCCCUGGCCACGAUGGUAAUGGCAGACAAAGAAUUACUAUGGAAUGUACCUGAACACUGGACACUGGAAGAGGCAGCUACUGUACCAGUUGUGUACGGAACGGCUUAUUCUGCUUUGGUGAUUUGUGGGCGUAUGAAGAAGGGUGAUUCAGUGCUGAUACAUGCAGGCAGUGGGGGAGUAGGACAGGCAGCUAUCAACAUCUGUCUGCACAUGGGCUGCACAGUGUUCACAACUGUCGGGACGGAAGAAAAACGGGAAUUCAUUAAGAAGCAGUUCCCACAGUUGACAGAUUGCAACAUUGGAAAUUCUCGAGACACCUCUUUUGAGCAGCUAAUAAUGCUAGAGACAAAUGGCAGAGGGGUUGACCUCAUUCUUAACUCCCUUUCUGAGGAAAAGCUGCAGGCUUCCCUACGAUGCCUUGCUGAUCACGGGCGAUUCCUGGAGAUUGGCAAAGUUGACCUUGCCAACAACAGUUCCCUUGGCAUGGAAAUAUUCCUGAAGGAAACAAGUUUUCAUGGCAUCAUGCUGGACAGUUUGUUUAGCGGGAGUUUUGAAAGAAAGAAGAUUCUGAUUGAUUUAGUUAAUGAAGGCAUUAAGUCAGGGGCUGUACAACCAUUAACCAGGACUAUUUUUGCUGAGGAUGAAGUAGAACAAGCAUUUAGAUAUAUGGCAGCUGGAAAGCACAUUGGCAAGGUGUUACUGCAAAUUCAAGAAGAGAAGGACAGGAAACUAACUGUACCUUCACCAAGACUGAUACAGGCAUCUCCACAAUUUUACUGCAACCCUGCAUAUACUUACAUCAUUGUCGGUGGAUUGGGAGGCUUUGGUUUGGAACUGGCUGACUGGCUAGUAUUACGAGGUGCUCGCAAAUUGGUGCUGGCAUCUCGCUAUGGUCUGAGAACUGGCUACCAGAGUGCACGUGUGAGAAUAUGGCGCAGCUAUGGUGUGACAGUAGUCAUCUCUGUAACUGACAUCACCACCAAAAAUGGUGUUGCAACACUGUUGUCAGAUGCAAACAGACUGGGACCUGUUGAUGCCAUAUUCAACCUGGCUGUGGUACUUCAAGAUGCCCUUCUGGAAAACCAAAGUGAGGCUGCUUUUGCUGCUUCUGCAGUCCCCAAGGCACAUGCGACUCAGUUCCUGGAUGAGCUGUCUCGCCAAAUGUGCCCACAGCUUCGUCACUUUGUAGUGUUUUCCAGUGUGUCAUGUGGACGUGGUAAUGCAGGGCAAACCAACUAUGGCAUGAGCAAUUCUGUCAUGGAGCGCAUUUGUGAGGCCAGGGUCAGGGAUGGGCUACCAGGUCUCGCUGUGCAGUGGGGAGCUGUAGGGGACGUGGGGCUGGUGGCAGAUAUGCAGGAGGAGGACAUGGAUGUGGUUAUAGGAGGCACACUUCCUCAGAAGAUAUCUUCAUGUCUUAUGGUACUAAACAGCUUCAUGAAGCAGUCAUGUCCUGUUGUGGCAAGCAUGGUUGUGGCAGAGAAACGUGCUGGAAGUGGUGGAUCUGGCAACAUUGUUGAGUGUGUGAGCAAUAUCCUUGGUAUCCGUGAUCUGAAGACUGUGAGUCUACACUCCACAUUGGCAGAACUGGGAAUGGACUCCAUGAUGGCUGUCGAGAUCAAACAAUCCCUUGAGCGGGAAUUUGAGGUGUUCCUCACAGCAAAGGAGAUUCGAAGUCUGACAUUUGCAUACCUUCAAGAGCUAUCUGCUGCCAAGCAAGUGUCUGAGAGCACAUCAGAACAACCAUCAGAAGUUCAAUUUUCUAUUAAUGAAGUACAACUUCAAGGACUGGAGUUACUUCUGCGUGUAAUAGGAGAUGAGGUGACUGCAGCACAGCCUGUCUUGCGCCUGCCAUCAGAAACUGGUGUUGGGAAAGAUGUAGAAGAUGCGACAAAGGCUGGACCAAUACUUUUCAUGUUACCUGGUGUGGAAGGCAUGGGGAGCAUUCUGGAACCUCUUGCCAAGAACCUCAAGUACCAAGCAAUGUGCCUACAGCUUGGCUACAGCAAUGUGGGUCACACUGCUCAGGACAUAGCACAGGCCUUGCUACCGCACAUACGCAGCCGACUGGCUCCAGGUGCAUCAUUCAAUAUUCUGGGAUAUUCAUUUGGUGGCAUUCUAGCUAUGGAACUUGCAUUAGAACUGGAGGCAGAGGGUCGGGAAGGACACGUGUAUCUGGUGGACAGCUCACCCGACUUCUUGAAGUCUGUCCAGGAGCGCUCCAUUGGUAACGAUGAGAAUCAGAUCGAGAUCAAACUGAUAUGCGUAAUGUUCAAUCUCAUGGCACCACAUGUAGCCACACCAGAUGGAGUCAGUCAGUUGGUUGAGAAGAUCACGCCUCUGAAGACCUGGGAUGAGAGGUUAGAAUACUUCCUCACUAUGCUUCCCAAGACAGAUCAUAGCACGGAACACCUUAAAGCUGUUGGUGCUGCUAGCUAUGCCCGCCUAAAGGCCAUUUCAAGCUACAGUUGGGGUCACAAGAAGACCAUCAAGUCACACACUACCUUACUGAGGCCCACUUUAAUGGCUCUCAAAACAGAGGAAGACUAUGGACUCUCAAAGUACUGUGACAAGAAAGUAGAGGUGCACUUUGUGACUGGUAACCAUGUGACGUUGCUGGAUAACAAGGACUCUGCCGCCAUUAUCAAUCGGCAAGUGGUAGACAAUGAAGCCAUUACAUUCAAGAACAGCAUUAUGUCUAGAGAUAGCAACUGAUGUGAGCAGCAUGGAGCAAAAUAAUUUAUAUCCACAA